AUGGAGCAGAUGGCAGAUGAAACGACUCUGAGAGCCGACGUGAAAGACAAAGGGAGAGCGAGCGGCGGCGAGGAGAGCUCUACGUGGGCGAGGGAAGACAGAGUCCAGACCGAGGCUCAGAUCAGCGACUGGAGGCUGGGCGUCUCUACGGAGGCCGAGCCCGGGGAGUCCAGCAGAGACUCGAAGCGGCCCAAGGACCGCGAGAGCGCCGCUUCGCCUUUGUUCUCCCUGAAAAUGUACCUGAGGAGAGCGUCGCCUUCCCCGUCUCCCUCCACAGACUCUUCACUGUCUUCGUCUCAGCAGAGCAGCAUGGGAGUGGACUGUGCAGGGAUGGUCCUGAACUGCCUCUUCUGCCGCUUCUACGACUUCUUCCACAUGCUGCCCGACUCCUGCGAGAAACUGGCCCACCACUGCUGCCCCAGCUACACACACAUCCUGUCCAACAUGGAGUCCACGCCCAGCGACGACGACUCCUGCAUAGACUGGGACUGCGGCCUGUUCAACUCCUGCCAGGACACCAGCGACUGCCUGGAGCUGGCCAUGGAGGUCUCUGAGCUCUGCUACCACUAGCUGGACUCCCAGAAUGACGGAGAGCGACCGGACGGAGGAGAAACACCGAAGACGCUAAACCAGAGUUAGACGAAGCACAAACGCUAUCCGCUCAUGUAUGCAUGUGGUCUUCUGAAUGCACUGAAAGAGAGUCUUACUCCCCUGUUUGUAU